AUGUCCGGUGUUACGCCCGUUGCUGUCUACGCCCUGCGCGUCCCCGCCAAUGGCGCUCUGAUCCCCGCCGUUCCGGAGUUCUCUGCCAUGUUCCGUGUCAGCAUGGCUGCCAUUGACCCCGAUGAGGCUCCCGAGUACGAGGACGGUUUCGACUCCAACAAGCGCCCCCGUGCUACCCUGAAGCUUGUGCGCGCUCCCCCUGGUCUCGACCUCGAGGGCGAGGAUGAUGAUGACGAGGACUGGGAGGACGACGAGGAUGAGGAUUCCGAGGAUGAUGAGGAGGUCAACGGUGGUCCCAGCGACAAGGAGAAGGCCCGCAAGCUCAAGCUGGCUGCCGCUCGCAAGGAGCUCGAGGAUGCCAUGGAUGAGGAUGAUGACGAGGAGGACGACGAGGAGGGCGAGUUCGACCUCAAGGCCGCCAUCUCCAAGCUGAUCAAGGGCAAGGCCCCCGCCAACGAUGAUGAGGAGUCUGAUGCCGAGUCCGAUGAAGGUCUUGAGCUCGACGAGACUGUCAUCUGUACCCUGGACCCCGAGAAGAACUGCCAGCAGCCUCUCGACAUCGUUGUUAACGAGGAGGAGCCCGUCUUCUUCAAGGUUACCGGUACCCACACCAUCUACCUGACCGGUAACUAUGUCAUGCCCACCGACGACCACCACCAUGACCAUGAUGACGAGGAGUCCGAUGAGGAGGACUACGACCUUUCUCCCGAUGAGGAUGAGCUCGACAUGGAGGACCUGAUCGGCGAGGAUGACGAGAGCGAUGACCUCGACGACCUGGAGAACCCUCGUAUCACCGAGGUCGACAGCGAGGAGGAGGAAGCCCCCAAGCUCGUUGAGUCCAAGGAGACCAAGGGUAAGGGCAAGCGCGCUGCUGAGCCCGAGGAGGCCAAGCCCGAGCCCGCCCUCAGCAAGAAGCAGCAGAAGAAGCUGAAGAAGAACAACGGCGAGGCCGCCCCCGUUGAGGAGAAGAAGGAGGCCAAGGAGGGCAAGGAGGCCAAGAAGGUCCAGUUCGCCAAGAACCUUGAGCAGGGCCCGACUGGCUCCACCCAGCAGAAGCCUGCUGAGAAGUCCACCGGCACCCUGGGUGUCAAGGAGGUCAAGGGCGUCAAGAUCGACGACAAGAAGCUGGGACAGGGUGUCGCCGCCAAGGCUGGUAACACCGUUGCCAUGCGCUACAUUGGCAAGCUCGAGGACGGCAAGGUCUUCGACGCCAACAAGAAGGGCAAGCCUUUCACCUUCAAGCUCGGUAAGGGCGAGGUCAUCAAGGGUUGGGACAUCGGUGUCGCCGGCAUGGCUGUCGGUGGUGAGCGCCGCAUCAGCAUCCCCCCUCACCUCGCCUACGGCAAGCGUGCUCUCCCCGGCAUCCCCGCCAACUCCAAGCUGAUCUUCGACGUCAAGCUUCUCGAGAUCAAAUAG